AUGAGUACGGACUGGCUUGGCUACGGUUAUGCAGCACUGGUUGCUUCAGGAGGAGUAAUUGGCUAUGCAAAAGCAGGUAUAGUAUUAAGAAGUCAGACCCUUUUUCUGUUUUCUCCAUCCUUAAUUCAGUAUUAUGACAUGGAUAUUUGUGCUUCGUAGCCUUUGCUGGUACAAUAAUUUUUAGUACGCACUUGGUAGAUGGCAAUAAAGGCAUGUGGUCCUCAUUGUGCCAAACAUUCAGGGAUAGCUAUCAGCAAUAUAGCAAUGCCUGCAUUUUGGAAUAUAACAUGCUGCAGUUUGCUUUCUUCCAUGAUUCGUAGUCCACAUUGAUUUGUUGCGGGAGCAAAUAAAUAAAUCACAAAACUCAGAACUCACUUCAUCCCCAUUAUCACCAAAUGUUGAGAGAUUCAGGGCAGACAAAAUCAUUUAUUCACAGCACAUUAAAAUCAUUAUUUCAAUUAUUAUUUUAAAAGCAGCAUGAGCAUGUCAUGUGUUUUUUAAUUGUACUUUAAAAAAUUAAGCAUGUGUUUUCUUCCCUGGGACCAUCUGGUUAACGGUUCGUUAGAGUUUUUCCAAAUAAGGUUAACUAUGGACUCGGCACCCACAAGAUGUAAUGUCCUUUCAUUGUCUUUUCUCAAAAAGAAAUACUGGUUUGUAGAUUUCAUAAUGGAACUCGCUUCCCAGAGGACCUCAUUAGGCCGCCUCUGUUCUUCCUUGUCGACAAAUUAUUUUUCUGUUCCAGGAGCCUUUCAGGGGCUAGAUGAGUUUUAAUUGCUGUUGGCUAGCUUGCCUUGAAAAGGGGCCUGUUGCUAGUAAUUUGAGCCACUUUAAAUUAAUUUAUUAUGUGCUGUUUUUAUUCUCUUUUAGGAUUCCAGUUUUAACGGUAGUAUUAUUUUGUCUUGUGACAUGCAGUGAAGUAAAAAAGUCAGACAGAAACUGAAUGGCCAGCCCCUGUUCAUUUGCAUUUGUGUCCUCCCUCACUUUAAUAAGCCUUUCAAUGCUGAAGAAAUCCAAGGGAGUUUUGCUGCUGAGGCCCAUACUACUCAUUGGCCUUCCACAACCCUCUUGUUCUUUUACUCUAGGUAGCGUUCCUUCUCUCGCUGCUGGUCUCUUGUUUGGUGGUUUAGCAGGCGUGGGUGCUUACCAGCAGUCUCAGGAUCCAAAUAAUGUUUGGCUUUCUCUGAGUAAGUAUUUUAUUUAGAUUUAUUUGACCAAAACAACAACCAAAGCCCACCCAAUGUGAUUCCUUCUUCUGCAAUCUCUUCCUUCCCAAAUCACAAACUCACAGUCAGCCAUUGUUGCUUGCCAAGUUCCCAUUUGCUGCAAAGGAAAUGGGAUAUGGCAUGGCCAGCCAGCCUCCCCCCGUACCACUGCUGCUUGAUGUCCUUUUCCCAUUUUUAUAAUAGUGGCAGCCUACAUUCAAAUUCUAAGGGACGCGGGUGGCGCUGUGGGUUAAACCUAGGACUUGCCAAUCAGAAGGUCGGCGGUUCGAAUCCCCGCGACAGGGUGAGCUCCCGUUGCUCGGUCCCUGCUCCUGCCAACCUAGCAGUUCAAAAGCACGUUAAAGUGCAAGUAGGUAAAUAGGUACCGCUCCAGCGGGAAGGUAAACGGUGUUUCUGUGCGCUGCUCUGGUUCGCCAGAAGCGGCUUAGUCAUGCUGGCCACAUGACCCGGAAGCUGUACACUGGCUCCCUUGGCCAUAAAGCGAGAUGCGCGCCGCAACCCCAGUGUCGGCCACGACUGGACCUAAUGAUCAGGGGUCCCUUUACCUUUACAUUCAAAUUCUAGCAAUGAAACACAACGUGGAACCAGAAAUUGCAGAAUUUGGGGGUUUGAUGUAAGGAAUUAUGCAGGCUCGGGCUGUGGUUUAAACGUGACCUCAUGUCUUAUGGUAUGGGUAGGCAAACAAAGGCCCAGCGGCCAAAUCUGGUCCAAUCGUCUUCUCAAUCCGGCCUGUGGACGGUCCGGUAAUCAGAGUAUUUUUACAUGAGUAGAAUGUGUGCUUUUAUUUUAAAUGCAUCUUUAGGUUAUUUGUGGGACAUAGGAAUUCGUUCUUUAAAAAAUAAAUAGUUCAGCACCCCACAAGGUCUGAGGGACAGUGGACUGGCCCCCUGCUGAAAAAGUUUGCUGACCCAUCUUAAGGUAUCAGGUGAUUCCUAGGUUGGCAGUCCCAACCUCUUUUAAAGUGUCCUGCAGAGGGCUGGCUACCCCUGGAUCCAGGCAGAAGUCCAAGGGGUGGACAGUGGAAAGGGGAUUUGUCAGGUUCUGUGUCACCCAUGAAGCAGAGCUGGGAGAAGAGGAGGAGUCCAGGUGGUCAGAGAGAGAAGGAAAGCAGGCAGAGAAAGAGUUGUGCUAUCUCCAAGGACAAGGAGGGGCUUAAAGUGGCAGCAGCAGCUGGAGCUGCCGUGCAGAAGUCACCAGUUGCUUAUGUGCACUACAUCAGAUGAGGGGGAUUAACUAAGCUGGAAGGGGCGUCGUUGUGCUGUUGCUUCAACGGUCCAGGUUGCAGCACAAGUCUGAAGAGGGAGGUGCCCAGCUAGCUAUUUAGCAGGAGCGGUACAUAUAAUUACUGCAAUUUAGGAGCUGAUGUAAUAGUUGCCACUAAAGAACUAAACUUCCCAACGCUUGUCUUCACUGGAGCUGGGUGUGCUCAGAGGACACCCCUUGUCUUAAGGCACAGGAUGUAACAAUUUGGCAGAGGCUAGAAAGGUCUAGGUCUGCAUGGGGGAAGCACCUGGGAACCUUAUGCAUCCAAGCUUCAGCUCCACUGAACAAAAUGCAGGAUGUAAAUGUAACAUUUGAAUGAAGCUUUGGCUUGCAUUAAGCUUUACAUGUAAUGUGGACUAAUGUAUCCUCCUCAAUUCUUGUGAUUUCCCUCCAUUAGUUGCUUCUGGAACCUUAACCGGUGUGAUGGGAAUGAGGUUUUAUAACUCCAGGAAAUUCAUGCCUGCGGGGUUAAUUGCUGGUGCCAGGUACAAAAUUCCAUUUUCCUUCUCCAUCUUUCCUGCCAUGAACUAUUAUUUGGUUUAAUGGAAUGUGGGUACCUGUAAGAUAUAGUUAACACAGUCAUAACAUGGACUCGUCAUUAUCGUAAACUACAGUGAAACAUUUAGAUUAUGGUACUGUGCUGUUUACUGAAAUGUUGGUUUGUGUUUGAAUUUAAACAGUCUGUUGAUGGUGGGAAAACUUGGACUACAGCUGAUGGAAAAACCCCUCCAGCCAUAA